AUGACGCCAAGAGACACAAUUGCAUUACCGCUAAGAGCCACGAGUGCAUUGCCGCCAAGAGAUACAAGUGCAUUGCCGCCAAGAGACAUAAGUGCAUUGCCGCCUAGAGACACAAGUGCAUUGCCGCCAAGAGAAACAAGUGCAUUGCCGCGAAGAGACACAAGUGUAUGGCCGCCAAGAGACACAAGUGCAUUUUCCUUCCUUUCCUUUGAGAGCCACUUCUCCCUAUAA